UCUCCUCCUCUUCCUCCUCUGAUCAGCUUAUAAACCCAGUGUUGACGGUCACAUCCACAUCAUUCAUACAUCUCACACAUCAGCACAAUCAUCAUCUCCAUCAGCAGCCAUGUCCUCCUCUAUGGUCCUGCUACUUCUGCUGGGUCUUUCCUGCCUUCAGAGCUUCACAAAGGCACAGAGUGCAAGUGGAGCAGAUUUGUGCUGUUUCAAGUUCCACAAAAGACCGUUCCCUGCAGGAAACGUUGUUUCUUACGAAGAAACAAGACCUGACUGUACACUUCCUGGUGUCAUUUUGACCACAAAGAAGGGUCAUCGCAUGUGUGCAGACCCUGAGGUGGACUGGGUGCAGCAGGUCAUCAAGAUUAAAAACUCAGCCUAGAUUCAGGAGACAAAUUAAAGUGUCUCUCCCUGAAAUUAGCUUUACUUUGCAGAAUGCUUCAUUUUACCUACACAGUACUUAAAGCAAUCUGAUAUUGUGUGUAACAAGACAAAGUUUCUUCUUCUGUCUGUUUUAUCUUCUGCACAAAUAAAGCACACAUUUAUAACUCA